AUGUCAAAAGAACAAAAUAAAUUCAAGCAUAUUCUCCUUGUACCCAACAUAGUCUCAGAUCAAGCAUUCUUACAAAGACAUAAGACUUUCUAAACUUAUGUAAAAAAAGCACAUUCAGAUCUUUAUUAUCUGUAACUGAAGAAGAUUGGAGGGUUGAGAAAAUCUAUUGCUGAAAAGGCUGAUUAUGGCUAAGUUUUACAAUAGAUUAAAAGUAACAGACUUUAAAAUGAUUAUAUGAAUCAAUAGAAGAAGAACCAAGGGUUUAUGUACAAUAAUUAACUAUGGUCAGAUAAAUACUAUAAUCAAAUCUAUCAAAUGACUAGAUUGUCUUAACUCUCAGAAGUUCUUAGUAAACAAAAAACGAAAGGAAGAGAUUAAUUAAUCAAGGAUUUCGAAAUCUAUUUUAAUAAACAUGUUCAUCCUAUUAAUGAUGAAUUUACUGAAGUUUAAAAGGUUCUCCCUAUUUCAACUUGUACUACUAAGUGUAGUUCAAGAAUAAAUUCCUAAAAAUUCUUAUUAGCUACUGAAAGACGAUUAAAUUCUAAAUAAGACACUCAAGAUCAAGACAUUAAUAAGAUCUAAUCUUUAUAAACUUCAUUUCAUAAAUCAGUUAAUAACAAAAUAUUAAACCUCUUAGAUGAAGCUAACAAUUUACAUAACUAAAAUUUGGAAACUAUUAAGUAUGUUUUAUUUAAGAUCUUUUAAUUAGAAAAACCAGGCUAUUCUAAACUGAAUAAUCUUCCUCUCGAAAAAUUAUGUAUUCUCAGAUCUAAAGAAGAAAUGAACAUAUCAACAUUCAAAUUUCAAUGAGAAAUAAAUAAAUACAUUUUAAAAAUAAAUUUGUAUAAGAAAGAUUUUAGAAGGAAAUAGAAAAAUUAUCUGCUUAGAACCUUUGA